GAAGAAGUGUUGCUAACAAUGGCAGCUUUGCAGGAGUUACAGAUGGAUCUGCUCCCUUCAGACCCGCUGCUGCACAUUUUAUCCUUUCUGGACUUCAGAGACUUGAUCCACUGCAGUUAUGUCAGCAGGAGGUUGAACGAGUUGUCCAAACACAAUCCGCUGUGGAAAUCCCACUGCUCCAAACACUGGCUGCUGACAGAUGCGGAGCGGCUGCAGAGCGGUGAGUCCUGGUUCUGUCUCUUUAAGCAGUACUACAGAGACCUGGGUCGGUACAUCCAGUACUACGCGGUGCUGAAGAGAUCCUGGGAGCAGCUGAAGAGCUUCCUGCUGCAGCGAUGUCCUCGCAUGAUCGCAUCGCUCAAAGAGGGAGCCACAGAGGUGGAGCUUAACGACAUCGAGGCUCAGAUCGGCUGCAGACUUCCAGACGACUAUCGCUGCUCGUAUCGAAUCCACAACGGACAGAAGCUGGUGAUCCCCGGGCUGAUGGGCAGCAUGUCUCUGUCCAAUCACUACCGGUCGGAGGUUCUGCUGGACGUGGAGACGGCGGCCGGAGGUUUCCAGCAGAGGAAAGGAAUGAGGCGCUGUCUGCCGCUCACCUUCUGCUUCCACACCGGACUCAGCCAGUACAUGGCUCUGCAGCCGGCGGAGGGCCGCAGGAUGUACGAGAGCUUCUACCCCUGUCCUGAUCAGACGGCUCAGGAUCCUUCAGCCAUCGACAUGUUCAUCACAGGUUCCUGUUUCUUAGAAUGGUUCACGACUUACGUCCAGAACGUUGUGACGGGAGAGUUUCCGAUCAUCAGAGACCAGAUCUAUAGGUACGUGCACGAUAACAGCUGUGUGAUGACCACCGAUGACAUCACCGUCUCUGUUUCCACUUCCUUUCUGCCGGAGCUUUCCUCCGUCCAUCCGCCGCACUUCUUCUUCACCUACCGCAUCAGGAUAGAGAUGUCGAGCAGCGCGUCUCCUGAAGCCGCCUGUCAGCUGGACAGCCGCUACUGGAAAAUCACCACGUCUGACGGCAACGUGGAGGAGGUGCAGGGACCCGGCGUGGUCGGAGAGUUUCCCGUUAUGACGCCUGGAAAAGUGCACGAGUACGCCAGCUGCACAACCUUCUCCACACCGUCAGAGUACAUGGAGGGUCACUACACCUUCCACAGACUGGCCAAUAAGGAGGAAGUAUUCCACGUAGCGAUUCCUCGCUUCCACAUGAUCUGCCCUCCGUUCAGAGAGCCGCUGGUCCGCACGAAGCCGUCGACCAAUCACACGUCUCGCUUCGACGACCACGACGACGACGGCGAGUACUGCGACGGAGACGGAGACGACUUCGGCGACCUGAGAGGAAUCAACAUGGCCGCCUUGGAGGGGGCGUGGUGCCCUCGACACAUCUGACCUCUGACCCCCCCAUCACCCCUCCUCCUCCUCCUGCUGUCGUCAUGGAUACCAGACAGAUGGUAAACACAGUAAACCUGGAUGAUUGACAGGCAGCAGGGGAUUCUGGGAAAGGUAACCAGAAGCCAUAAACAGGGCAGAUUGGUCCCGCCUCCCAGCUGUCAAUCAAACCAAUCAAACAACAACAAAAACAACAACAACAAAAACAAAACAUUAAAAAAAAUAGUGAAAUGAGUUUUUAUAGAAAAUCGUUUUCCUGUUUAAAACUUUACUGGUGAGUGAAAGUGUCUGACGAGCUCGGACAAGAAGGACGAAGGCGGUGACGUCAUCCUUCGCUUCAGAGGACCGGCGCCGAUGUUUUGGCGGGAACACUAAAAAAAAACGACUUCCUGUUUUGAGACGUAGAACGAACGACGUGGAAAAUGUGCGAGAAAAGUUAUUUUUUAUUAUUCGUAGAGUCAAAAGUUCUGCAGCGGUUCUGUUCAUCUGUGGUUCAGAAAAACUAAGUAUUGAUUUAUUCUUAUUAUUUUUCUUUCAAGCUUUAUUAUUAUUAAUUUUUUGCUUUAUUUUUUGGUGGAUUUCUGGUUUUUACCUCAUCGAGCUUCUAAAAGUUACUCAGAUAUCUGAAUCAUCGUUUUAGUCGUUUUAGUUUUAAUAAGCUGGUUUAAGUUUCUCUCUCAUCUGAUUUAUUGCUUUUUCUCUUUGUGAAACAUUAUAAGUGAAUAUCUUUACUUAUCUUUACUUAUCUUUACUUAUCUUUACUUAU